AGUGAGCAAUCAUGACAGAAGCAAUGUGGCAAGCAGUAGCGAGGUGCAGGAGAAUCAAUCAAACUAUUCCCAGCAUUGAGAAAAUUCAAAUUGACUAACAUGUAAGGGCUGGAGGGAUGGGCAGAAGUACAAAGCAAACUCGUGUUUCCUUGCCUUGAGGAGUUGCAUAUUCAGGAUUGCCCAGAGCUCAAGUUUUAUCAUAACAGAAGCAACGUGGCAAGCAACAGCCAAGGCGGCGACGAAUCAAUCACACUAUUUCCAGCUUUGAGGAAAUUCACAUUUUGUGAAAUGAAAACACUGGAGGAAUGGACCAAAGUGCGAGGCACGGCUGUGUUUCCUUGCCUUGACGUAUUGCACAUUCAGAAUUGCCUGGAGCUCCAAACAUGGCGGAUAGAUGCAUUUAUAUCUUAUAAGUUGUCUAUGCUGAGCAUACAAUCAUGUGUGAAUCUGCAGGUUAUCCAAGUUGGGCUGUCGAACUUAAAAUCUCUUGAUAUAAACGAUUGUCCAAAAUUAAUGGCAUAUGCUCAAGAAGGCAGCCCCGAAUGGUCCACCAUUCGCCACAUUGGUGGAACCAGAAUUAAUGGGCAGGUGGCUCAAUCCUAAGAAUUUUCAUUUUUUGAAAGGUGAAAUUGGUCACUACCAUGAGGGAGUUGUGAUCUUAGCUGCCGCUCAGAGUUCAUCAAAGCUAGUAAGCCUUAGAGAUUCUUUUCUAUCUUUCUCCCAUACAAAUAUUUUUAUUUCUUUCCAAUGGUAGCUUCAAAUUUUUGAUAUUUUACAUUAUUUUUUUCCAAACAUAUCCUGAGUUCAGUGAGGGGAGGAACUGGGAUGUAAAGAUGCCCAUGAUAAAAUUAUUGUUAAAGA